UUAUGUUGUUUGUUUUCUAGAGUGUUCGAUGUUCGAGGUUAACUGUUGCAAUUGCAAAAGUGGUAACUAGGUAACAGUGGUAAAAUUUUUGUGUAGGAGACAAUCAAAAUGUGUGACACGAGCAGCAAUCACGAUAAUGUGUUAUUUGAAAUGCUAAAAGAGUGUAAAACUCUACCCAAUUUCCUCGCUGAAGUGUUUGGGUUCCUUCAGAGAAGAACUGACUUCUAUAUUGUUGCUAAUGAACCAAAUGCAGCCGUUGGAUUACCUGAAGGAUUAGCCGAAAAACUAGUGAGGCACACAUUUUAUAAAUGCAAACCUCAGCCGACUGAAGCUGUUUAUAAUGACAUUGACAUUCCUACUGCUACAGAAGAAACUGUUGUAACAAAUUCAGAAGAAAUGAACGAAGUAACAUCUACCACUGAUGACUUGUAUAUUUCGGAGACUAAACCACAUGAUACAUUUAGUAAAUCAGAAUUUUAUAACGGAGCUGUACACGACAAUUAUUGUUGGUCGCAGACAAUUUUGGAAGUUAAUAUUGUAGUAUUAGUCCCUGAGAAUGUUACCAAAAAAGACUUGGAUGUUACCAUAACACCUAACCAAAUUUCAGUGAAAUUAAACGAUGGUACUUAUUUGCUUGAUGGUGAUUUAUGUCAAAAAUGUAAAGCGAAUGAUAUGAUUUGGUCGUUAGAUGGAAGAAAAGUGGAAAUUCACCUAGAUAAAUGUCAGGACGUGUGGUGGAACUGCUUAAUUAAAUCUGAGCCAGAAAUGGACAUUUCUAAAAUAGACUGUACCAGACCUUAUGAAGAUUUACCAGAAGAGGCUCAAGCAAAGAUUGAGGAGUUGCAGUGGAACCAAGAAAGAAAACGACUUGGUUUGCCGACUUCAGAAGAAAUUAUUGUUCAGGAAAAAUUGAAGAAGGCGUGGAACGCUGAAGGAUCGCCUUUCACUGGGUCUUUCGAUCCCAGUGUUGUAUCUUUCAGUUAAUGGCCUGGAAAAGUAUACCUGUCUCACUAAAAUGAGGAGUGUUCGAGUCACGAUAAUAUGAAUGUGUGGUCCACUUGUAUUAAUUAUAUUUAUAAUUUUAUUUUUAAAUAAAUUUUUUUACGUUAUUCUAAAAUCACAUUUAACU